AGCAUAAUCUUUGAUAUAACACAAGAGGGCGCUAUAUAUGCUCUGGCGUCACGUUUACGGCCCGGCAACACGUAAACAAUUCGAUCGGCCAUCGGGACAUUGCACGCACCGUCAAAAACGCUCGCUGCAGCACUGCAACUGACAUCGCUGAAAUGCUCAAAACGUGAUCCCCAAGGCUCAGCCUCAAAGGAAGACUGUGAUGAUUUUUUUUUAAAUCAUAGUUGCUUCUGCUGAUUGUUUUGAGUGUAUCAUCAUUUUGUGAGAGAGCUCAGGACUGCUAAGAGUGAAACACUGAACAAUGCCACACAAAAUUAGUUUCUGUGUAAUGCAUGCAAGUGGAUCAGACACUGGUGUGAGUUUACAUGACUUGGAGGUACACAGUCCCCUUGCAAGGGGUUGGCAGUCCCCAAGAUUUUGCCUAUACCCACAGGAGAUUGUUAUUCAGCUUGCUGAUAAAACACGCAUUAGGAAACUGCAGUUGCUUGCUCAUCAGUAUCUCAUACCAACCAAAAUAGAAUUCUACAUUGGUAGCUUACCACCAGACCAUGUCACCACACUUCAUGGAACACGUUACAAAAGACUGGGAUAUGUAGGUAUGUCUGAUAACUCCAAGACUGGUUACAAAGCCAGAGAGUUGAAGUCUGUCCAUGUAGAUGCUGUUGGCCAAUACCUGCGACUUGUUAUUCACAAAAAUCAUGUCAACAAGUACAAUGUGUACAAUCAGGUGAGCCUGAUUGCCAUCAAUGUUAUUGGUGAUGAGAUCACAUCAGAAGAAGAUAUGAAGCUAUUUGAAGAAGACAACAAUCAUAAAGUGAACCGGGUCAUCAAGGAGUUCAUGCCAGAAGGAUAUUUUGCAGAAGAAUCAAAUCAUGCCAACAAUGAGACUGAUACAGCUGUACUUGGCGGUGUCAACAGGAAGGAAUACAUUUCUCCGAUGGAUGAUUUAGCUUUCGAUAUGUACCAGGAUCCAGAGGUUGCACAAGUCAUUAGAAAACUGGAUGUCAGAAAAAAUGAGGCAGUACUGCAGGAGCAAUACGAUUUGGCAAAGAAGUUAAAACAAGCUAUUGCUGAUUUACAAAAGGUUGGAGAAAAGCUUGGUCGUUACGAGGUCGAGAAGCGACGAGCCAUAGAGACUGAAGACUAUGACCUUGCUAAGAUCAAAAAGAUACAAAUGGAGGAGUAUAGAUUACAAAUCUAUCAACAGCUGGAGCUCAAUGACCUACUGAAACUUAGUAAGAAUCUGUUCUGGCCUCCAAAGAAUAAUGGUGAAAAUGAUGCUUCACUGCCUCCAAUGAAAGACGAGUCUCUUAGAAACCUUCCAGGACAAGUGAGGACCAACAGUCCAUCAUCUACAGGACAAAGAGCUUCUGAUAUUCCAGCACCCGCAACUAUUGUUGAUAGACCACUGCCAACCUUGAACAAACACUCUCCAAGCAAUAACAUACCAGAACCGCUGCCAAGUAAGCCUGACCAAAACGAUGCUGCAGGAAGAGAUGAAGCUGUGAGUGACUCUAUGAUGACUGGAGGACUACCAUCUGAUCAUGCAGAACCAAUGAAUGAAAAUGCAUUACGACAAGCUGCAGCAGCUAUUGAUGUAUUUGGACAAGAAUUGGUUGCCAAACUGUUCUCUAAAAACUGGACAUUUAGAGAAGAAGCCCUAGCAGAAAUAAAACAAAAACUUGAGAAUGAACCGGAAACAACUGAUAAAGAUGAAGUGCGUAAUGUGCUUAGAGCAUCAAUAUACCUCUCCUCCAAGGGACUGAAGGAUAAGGUCUUUGCUGUAUUUAUAUCUGCAUUAAGUCUUGUGAGGUCACUUUAUGAAGACUGGAUUCCAAAGCACAAACCACACAAAGCAGACACCAGCCAUUCAUUGGAAGUUGUCAUACCGGACCUGAUGGCUAGAAUAGGAGAUACGAAUGCUAGACUAAAAGCAGCUAAUGUUGACUUCAUCAGCGAACUGGCUAUGUAUAAGGAAGUGCGACCUCUUCACUGUGUGCCCCACCACUUUGUUACUCCAUUUAAAGGAACAACUCAAGCUAAGAUGGCAGUAAUGAGAGUGGAGAUUGUGGAGAAACUUUUGAAAGAAUUGGGCAUUGAGAAACACAGUGGACUGAGUGUUGACAAUGUCAUGGCAUUUGCAAAGCGUGCCUUGGAGCAUACAGCUGGUGAAGUACGAGAAGCAUCUGUUCAUUUAAUCAUCGAGCUGUAUCGUCUUAAAGCAGCAGCAGUGCGCUCCCAUCUUCCCCCUGAAGAUGACCCUAAGACAAUGAAGAAUCCACUUUACUGCAAGAUAUUUGAUGGAAUGGACCGAGCAGAUGGCAAACCAACUAAAGCAGAGAGAAAGGCCAAGGCACAAAGUGAAAAAGCAUCAGAGAAGAGACAGAAACAAGCAGAGAUUGAAGAACUUCAGCAACAACUGAGUGAGCUUCGAGCAGCAGCAGUUGCACAGGGACAGAAUCCUGAAGACAUUGGUGGGCAAAGUGGAGGAAAGUUAAGCAAAACAGCAAAUAAAGACCAACUACCUAAAAAGAUGCCCCGAGCUCCAAGUAUUGCUGAACAGUCAGACUUCGGAGACGAUAUUGAUAAGCAGUGCAUAUUUUGUGGAGAAGAAGACAAAAGCUUCAAGGAUGAAGGCUUAGACAUGCAUUACUGGAAGUACUGCCCUGUGCUGAAAAGAUGUAAUAGCUGUAAACAGGUUGUUGAGAUUUCAGCCUUGAACAACCAUCUUUUGACUGAAUGUGAAGGUCGAGCCAAACAUGCCAAGUGUAUUAGAUGCACGGAAACCCAUUUAAAAAACGAAGUAGAACGAUAUGUGAAAGACAAGAUCUGCCAACCCCCCAAGCCUGGAAUGAGUAAAUGCCCUCUCUGUCAUGUCAGCAUAGCAGCUGAAGAUGAUAAAGAUUCCAAUUGGAGGAAACAUCUCACGGGGUCCGGGAAGGAUGCAUGCUCUAAAAAUCCUCGACGAGAACCAGCCAUUAAGAGAGUGAGAGAUAAGACAGCAGUGAGAGAUAAGAGCCAAGCUUCAUCAGAAAAGAACAAGCUGACAUCUAAAGCUCCGGAGUCCACCGCUAAGAGAAGAAUAGCUACCAAAGACAAGAAAGCAAAAAGCAAAAUUCCGAGACCUUGAUCUUACCCUAGAGUGUGUCACACUUAGUAAUAGAAAUAACUAAUUGCUUUGCAGAUAAUUUUAUAUUAAUAAUUGUGAUUUACUCUUAAAAAGGUGAACCUAGGUUUGGUUUUCACCUUUCAGUUUCUGAAUAUUUCAUGAAGCUUGUGCAAACAAAAUCUUAAUGUUGAGGUUGACUAUUCUGUGUGUACGAGUCCCUGCAGAACAUGUGCCUUUUUUACUUUUCAGUUAUUCACACAGAGCAGUGUUCCCCAAAAAGUUUUGUUACAUUUUACUCUUACCUUUAAGUAAUAAGUAAUAACUAACAAAAACCUUGGUUUGAAGUAAUCAGAAGCUCAUCUGUGAAGCAAUUUUUUUUCCAUUAAAUUGUUCGAGUUAGUCUGAUUGUAUUGUGUGUUAGUUUCACAAAUAUACAUGUACAUACAAUGUAUUUAUUAAAAAAAUGUAAUUAUGAAGUUAUCGUUACUGUAUAACUUUUUAGUAUGUUUCAUUGACGUGUUUUUUUUCUCAAUUAAUUGCAUCACCAUGCAAUUAAUUUACAAAGUUAUUUGAAGUACACAUAUUGAAAGUUACGUAAGUAACAUUCCUAGAUUUGUGAUGGUGUAUUUGUCUAGCGUCCUCCUUCAGUGUUUUUUGCUGCAUUUUUUGGCAUACAAAUUUUGCCCAGAGGCAGUUAGCAUUGACGAUAAAGCGGAGGGUAGUGAACAUAAAUGAGUGUAAAAAGAAAAGAAAAAAAACUUCAAUCGUUUUCGUUGUUCCGCAUCAAUUGCACAUCAUUUACGUAAAAUGUAUGAAUUUAAACUGUUUAUUACCAAAUAUUAAGUAUAUGGUUCGGCAAAUAUAAUAAUUCGAUGUCGGCAAAUGUAAUGAUUCGAUAUCCAAAACAUUUUAUCUCUUAAAGUUGUUUGAAAUACACAUAUUGAAAAUUACAUAAGAAACAUUCCUAGAUUUGUUAUGGUGUAAUUUGUCUUGCGUCCUCCCCAGUGUUAUUUGCUGCAUUUUUGGCAUACAAAUUUUGCGAAGAGGCAGAAUCUAACAUUGAAGAUAAAGCGGAGGGUAGUGAACAUAAAUGAGUGUAAAAAAAAAAGAAAAAAAAUUUCAAUCGUCUUCGUUGUUUCGCAUCAAUUGCACAUAAUUCACGUAAAAUCUAUGAAUUUAAACUAUUAUAACCAUAUAUUAAAGUAUAUAACUCGGCAAAUGUGA